AUGGGCAAGCAAAACAGCAAGCUGCGACCCGAAGUGCUGCAGGACCUGCGGGAGAACACGGAGUUCACGGACCAUGAGCUGCAGGAGUGGUACAAGGGCUUCCUCAAGGACUGCCCCACCGGCCACCUGACCGUGGACGAGUUCAAGAAGAUCUACGCGAACUUCUUCCCCUACGGCGACGCCUCUAAGUUCGCCGAGCACGUCUUCCGCACCUUCGACACCAACGGCGACGGCACCAUUGAUUUCAGGGAGUUCAUCAUCGCGCUGAGCGUGACCUCGAGGGGCAAGCUGGAGCAGAAGCUCAAGUGGGCCUUCAGCAUGUACGACCUCGACGGCAACGGCUACAUCAGCCGCAGCGAGAUGCUGGAGAUCGUGCAGGCGAUAUAUAAAAUGGUGUCGUCCGUGAUGAAGAUGCCGGAGGAUGAGUCCACACCGGAGAAACGCACAGACAAGAUCUUCAGGCAGAUGGACACCAACAAUGACGGCAAACUGUCCCUGGAAGAAUUCAUCAAAGGUGCCAAGAGCGACCCGUCCAUCGUCCGGUUGUUACAGUGUGACCCCAGCAGUGCGAGUCAGUUCUAA